AUGAAUAGCAGGUAUGCAGCGGCUCACCUGUCACCAAAUGGACCGGGUGAUGCCCGCCCAACAGCCGAGCAGAUUAUUAAAGACGAAAACUUAGAGGGCAAGCUAUCAGACAACUUCAUCUUGAUCACAGGAUGUUCUUCAGGCAUAGGAGUGGAGACAGCACGUGCCCUUUUUGUGACAGGCGCACAACUAUACCUGACCGCUCGAGACCUUAGCAAAGCAAAGGAAGCACUUCCGGAUCUCGUCACAUCAGACCGAGUACACCUUCUGGAGCUAGAUCUCAAUUCACUAGACAGCGUGCGGUCUUGCGCCGACAACUUUCUCUCACAAUCGAAAUCUCUCAAUAUUUUCAUUGCCAAUGCGGGAGUUAUGGCAUGUCCGGAAGGCCGCACCAAGGACGGCUUUGAGACACAAUUGGGAACCAACCACCUCUCCCACUUCCUGCUGCUGAAUCUCCUCAAGCCAGCCCUGUUAUCUGCUGCCACGCCAUCUUUCAGCUCCCGAGCCGUGUUCCUCUCCAGCAUUGGUCACCGCAUUGCAGAAGUCAAUUUCGACAACCUGAAUCUUGAAGGAGCUUACAAUGAAUGGGUCGCAUACGGCCAAAGCAAAACCGCAGUAAUCUGGACCGUUAACGAGAUUGACCGUCGUUAUGGAUCAAAGGGCCUUCACGCUUUCUCUGUAAAUCCUGGUGGGAUUAUGACAGACCUACAGAGACAUUUGCCAGAUCAAAGCAUGUUUGAUGGUCUUGAAAAAGAGUUUAAGAGUCCAAAGCAGGGUGCCGCAACCACGGUUUGGGCUGCUACUGCGGCCGCUCUGGGCGGCCAAGGAGCGAAGUAUCUAGAGAAUUGUCAGAUCUCUAAGCCUUGGUCUGAAAAGUAUGGGCAGUGGGCAGAUGGAUAUGCGCCUUGGGCAUUUGACGAAGAAAAGGAAGGCAGGCUGUGGAGGAAAUCUCUUCAGCUGGUCGGCUUGGAGGACGCUGAAUCAGAACGGCAUUGA